CUUCGCUGUCAUAGCGUGUUGCCACAUGGAUGGAUGGGGCUUCCCCUGAUCCCGUUUUUCCGGAAACACAUACCUGGUGGAGAGCGAUGGAUGCGAAGAUACUGACGAUCGCCCGGGUUUCGCCAGGAAGAGUUAGAGAAGGGGUCCGGAGCACCGCUCGCCCUGCCGGUGCCGGGGAAGGGGUGGUGUGGCUGCUGCCUGGUCAUCCCGGCCCCCGGGAGAACCAGAGGUGCUGUCAGGACAGAAAGGGCGCUGCCACGUUGCUCUGACGGGCUGCAUCAGGCCGCGGGAGGCAGAGACAUCUGUCCAUCCGUCCAUUUGUCCGCAGCAGACACCAGGGCCGUGCCUGGAGGGUCGUUGUGCCCAGUAAGCUUCGGGGUGGCCUUCCUCAGACGCUCGUGUGCCUGCAGCGCAGCCCAGUCGAUGUCUCAGGGGAGCCACUUGGAAGCGGGCAGGCCAGGCCUCCGUGUCCCCUCCGUGGUGCCGGGGGCGCGGGAGGAGAGCACAGUGGCAGACGGGCCUCUGCAGAGGGCAGCAGCCGUGAGCAGAGCACGGUCUUGGGGCCAGUCGGGGUCCAGGUGAAGGAAGGCGCCUCCCGCACUCACGGGCAGCUGGCCUUGCUCAGACCACGAGCAUCGGAUUAUUCAGGUGGAAAAGCCUUAGCGGCUAGACAGAGACAAAACAGCUGCCUUGAAGCUAUCGAAAAUCAGGCCCGUUUCAGACUUUGCUGCUACAUGUUUUCCAGAAAAUACCAGGGCAGCUUCUAGGAGUUUUGGGGGGAAAAUCUGCCGUCCUGAGAACUGCUCUAGUGAAUUCACAGUGAAGACAACAGCGUGUGAGGGCUGAGGCCCUCUCCCGGGCGCUUUCGGGAAGACAUUGCCCAUGCGAUCCGUGUUUGCUCUUGCAGACAGAGGAGCAGGAAGUCAGCGGGUGAGGAGGGCAGGGCAGGGCGGCAGUAAACGCCUGCGUCGCCCUGAGGGCCGGGGUGCAGUGUGCCGAUGGCGAUGGCGAGCUUGGGGGGCAGGUGUGGAGUGGCCCAGGUAUUAUCGAGGAAAGUACAGCUUGAACAGGAAUCGCCACCCUGUGCCAGGGGCUGCUUCAGGGCCAGGCCCUCCUGGUGCUGCCCGCUGGGGGUCCUGUGGCCUUGGGGCUCGGCUCUGAGUGGGCACCCUGUCCUGAGCUGGAGUUCAGGGCUCCCUCGGGGUCUGUGUCGGGAAGAUGUGGGCGAGGCUGGAAGGCCCUGCGCUUGGUGCUCCUGGGGGAGAACAGCCGACUUCGAGGCGCACCCACGUGGGGGCAGGCGGGUGUGUGACCCCAAGGCCUGUUGCCAGCGCCCAGGGGAUGGAGGAGCCUCGACCAAAAUGGGGGAAAUUACAGGAGGAACAGGCCGGGAAGGAAACUCGCGGUUCGGUGUCGGACACGUUAAGUCGAGGAUGCUUUAAAGGCAGGGGGCCGAGGCCGGGAGGCUGUGGACUUCAGGGGAGAGGUCCAGCAGUGACAUAAGGUGGGCAUCCUGAGGGGCUCAGGCUGGUCCUGCGCGGAGGGGUGGUGGCUCUGGGACGUGCGGUCGUGCGCAGCCCUGGCCAGAGCUCUGGGGAAGUCGGCACGAGAGUGGGGGAUGCGGGGGGGCAAGGAGGCUCGCAGACAGAAUAGGGGCUUGUGCGGAGCCUUCCAGAGGGGAGAAGAGAGAGGGUGUCAGUGCAGGCAGCAGGGCUUUGGGGAAUUUUUUGCUGUUUUUUAAAAAAUCAACCUUACUCAAUAUGAUUUACAUAUGUUAAAAUGCACUGAUUUGAAUUAGCCUGUGUUUCAAUGACCUCUGACGAGCCUGUCCACCCCUGUGAUGAAGAGAGCUUCCCCAGCAACACAGAUAGUUCCCUCUGCCUGUCGGUGGGCCUGCCCUUGACCGCAGUGCUGACCAAGCUCAGGCCCCGGGGCACUUCCCAGAGUCUGUUGCCCAGCAGGGACGGGGGUCCCAGCCCCGGGCCGCUGUGAAGCGCGGGCUUCUGUGUGAGCGUGAGUUCCCAUUUCAGAGUGGACUCCCAACUCCCGAGCUGGGUGGAGUCUGCUUUGGAGAAGCUGCCAGGCUGGUCCCUGCACUGCCACACCGUGGCUUCUCCCAGCCGCCUGCGGGACUCCUGCGCUCUGGGGGUGGGCGGCUUGGCCCGGCGGGCUGGGUCUGAGCCCGUCCAGCAGCUCCUUGUGGCCUCACGGGGUUCUGCUUUGCGUGUCGCUGAUGACCGAUGGUGGGGAGCGUCUUCUCACGUGCUAAUUGGCGUUGAGCUUUUCUUCUUCAGAUCUUCUGCCUGUUUUUCAACCAUGUUGUGUUCUCAUUGCUGAGGUUUGUGAGUCCGUUAUGUCCUGGACACGGGUUUGUGAUCAGACUUGAUGCUGCAGACGGGGCUGCUCUGUCCUCCUCACGGUCCCCAGGGAGCCGCCAGCUGUCCUUCCUCGGCCGUGCUUUUGCUAACCUUGCCUAAAAGAUGACAAAGACUUCUUCUGGUUUUUCCUGUGCAAGUUUUAUAGUUUUAGGUUUUACAUUUAAGCCCAUGAUCCACUUUGAGUCAGUACUUCCUGACCGACAGCCUGAUGUGCUCAUCGGUGUUCACGUUUUCGCCUACAAACGCAUCCCAGCCGUCCCAAGCAGCGCGUCUGGCUUGAGGCCAAGUUGGCAAAGAACUACGGCAUGACCCGCAUGGAUCCGUACUGCCGACUGCGCCUGGGCUACGCGGUGUACGAGACGCCCACAGCCCACAACGGCGCCAAGAACCCGCGCUGGAAUAAGGUCAUCCAGUGCACGGUGCCCCCGGGUGUGGACUCCUUCUACCUGGAGAUCUUUGACGAGCGAGCCUUCUCCAUGGACGACCGCAUUGCCUGGACGCACGUGACAAUCCCCGAGGCGCUGAGGCAGGGCAAGGUCGUGGACGAAUGGUACAGCCUGAGCGGGCGGCAGGGCGACGACAAGGAGGGCAUGAUCAACCUGGUCCUGUCCUACACGUCGCUGCCGGCUGCCAUGAUGAUGCCGCCUCAGCCCGUGGUCCUGAUGCCCACUGUGUACCAGCAGGGCGUCGGCUACGUGCCCAUCACAGGGAUGCCUGCCGUGUGCAGCCCCGGCAUGGUGCCUGUGGCCCUGCCCCCAGCCGUGAGCGCCCAGCCCCGCUGCAGUGAGGAGGACCUGAAGGCCAUCCAGGACAUGUUCCCCAACAUGGACCGGGAGGUCAUCCGCUCUGUGCUGGAGGCCCAGCGGGGCAGCAAGGAUGCGGCCAUCAACUCCCUGCUGCAGAUGGGCGAGGAGUCCUAGAUGUGCCCCGCUGCCAGCCCGCCUGCCCGCCUGCCCGCCCAGCUCCCAGGAGCACCGUCCCCAGCAGAUCCCCGUGAACGCGCCCUGCGUAGCCCCUUCCUCGGACAUCUGUGUAGCCCAGUCCACACCCUUGUUCGGGAUGCAUGUGGUUUUCGGUUCCUGCAGCCGUUCUCGACGUGGUCGCGGCGGGUGGGGGGCCUCUCCCGCAUUGGUCGGAGGGCCGUGUCCCGUGUGCGCACCCGCCUUCCCACCGUCCCGGGAGGCUCUCCUGGGAGCAGCUGCCCCCACCAGGGCCUUCGUGCCGAGCCUUCUCUGGUUUGAUUGGUGGCCUGCGGUGACGCGACCUGAUCGGGUAGGCCCAUUAACGCAAGGCACACAGAACCCACUGACAGCGGGUUUGGGGUCACUUAGAAGUUUCAGCUGAAAACUUAUCUCCUCCCCUUGGUGGUGUUCGUGGGCUGCUCACCCCCGUCCAGCCUCGGCUGCAGAGCUCAGCCUGGGUGCAGAGCAGCCAAGUCUGGGCGUGGCGUCGGGAGCCUUGGCCCGAGCCCUGGGCCCUCAGUCUCUCCUGCUGUCUCACCCGCCUCUGUGUGAUGCUGUCCCGAAGGGUCACCGCUCCUCCCCAGGAUGCACUCUGGCAACAGAACUAAAACUGGGGUGUAAGAAACAGAUCCAGUCUUGUAUUUGCUUAUUAAAGGGCAUUUAGGAACGCCUGGCUUUUACUGCCGAUGUUAAUUUAGGGAGACUAGGUUGGGCCCAGGCCUGUGGGUCAGUUUGGGCGACAGAGAGGGCAGUCUGGUGACCGUCAGUGCUGGCAGGUCUUCCCAAGAGGCAGGAGGCGCCCUGCCGUGUGGAUGGCACCCUGGCCCUGGCUCCGGCCGCGGACAGAGAGGACAGGGACAGGCUGGGUGAUGCCCCGUGGAAAUCAAAUCUGAAUGGUGUCUCCGAACUGACGCACUGGCUGUGGCCACUGCGGUCCGCGGUAAGUCGCGGUCACCGCUCUGUCUUUGGAGUCAUUGCCUAGCCUUUGGACAUAGAAGUGGAUCCCAACCGUGUGGACGUCAGUGGAAGGCCAGCCCAAGGAAGUUAGGAGGACUCAGGCUGCAGCCCUUCCCUCCAUGUAGGUUAAGUGCAGUGCCGCUUUCUGUCUCCCCCGGGCGUGCACGGUGGCCCCGGCUCGGGGAGACCUGCGUCGGUUGGUGGGUUCGGACCACUUGUGCCUUUGCCGCAGGCUCUUCUCAGAUGCUUGAGAGCGAUGGUUCCUCGGCUGCAGCCCUAGACUGUUGGGCGGUGACCUGACCACACUCAGCGCAGCUCCACACAGGCCGGGCCCCCAGCCCCAGGUGACCCUGCGCUGCCCCAGCCGCCCUGCCCGGGCCUCUGUUCACAGGAGUCUUAGCUUCAGGGCGGCUCCAGACCUGCCAGCUCUCAUGGUCCUUUUUCAUGGUUGCUGCUUCUUUACUAGGUCAGAGGAAGGUCAUGCCCUGUGAGGCCUUUGUUAAGUCAGACGCCCUUCCUGCCUCGGCUGCCCCUUCCUGCCCCGGCUUCGCGUUCAUGUCCGCGCUCACCAUCCAGGCAGCCCCUGGGGGUGGGGUGGGGGCCGUCUGGCUCGGGCGCCCGUGGCUGCUGGGCCCAGGGCCGGGGCACCGUGCAGCUGGCUGCUGCUCUGUGCUGGUGAGGAGAGAGGCGUUUCCAGCAGGCGCCCUGCGUUUCUGAUCAUUCUGUUGGGGUCCAGGGUCCAGAUUCCUCUUUGAUUGUAAGAUACGUUUUUACUUUUCAGCCUUCUAAUUUAAUAAAUGGUCUGUGUAAAAUAGAGAAGUCAA